GUCACUUAAUUGGAACUCUUCAAUUUUGAAGGUAAUCCAAUAUGGCGGAGCGGGAAAGAGAACCACACUUUUGUGCAAUUAAUGACCUAUCAUGUUCCCAUGGCUUGCAAGCGGUUUGGGGCUGUGGAAAUCAGUUCUUUGUGUUCCCAGGAAAAAAAGCAGUUUUGUUGAAUGAAAGGCGGCCAGCAAUGAUGAAGGAAGAAAUGGUAAGAGAAGUGAGAUGGGACAUGGACUUACACAGACCUGUUCUCAGAAAACUUGUCAAUGAAUCUCAUAAUGUUUUCACCUGUCUACAGGAACAAGCGAAGAAGACAUCAGGUGCUGCUCUUCAUCCUCACAUCAUACGAUCAAGCAAGCAGUAUCGGGCCUCACUGAAAGCAUAUAGCCUUGAACUAAAGAUAUUAGCAGAUUCCACCAUAGAUGAAGAGCAGAAACAGGGCUUCCUUGAACACCUACAGUUGCUAGAAAUGGCUGAACUUAUCUGGGGUCUGUGUGAGAUCCUCUUCAUCGAUAGUCCGGCAGGUGGAUUAGUGAUUGCUCCCCUGUUGGAAUGGCUUCGGUUCCACUUUCAGACAGGAGAACAAAUGUUUCUGGAAAUUAUCCAGGAGGAGCAGCCGGAGCACCAUCCACUCUACUGGGAUACGAUUUACCGACUGGUCCUCCAAGGCCAGGCAGACUAUGUACGCCGGCUUCUGUCUCUCCACUCAUCAAAACACAGCAACGCUUUCAGCAGUAUGGAUGACCUCCUCAAGAAAAUGCCACAACACACACAGCUGUUUCGGGGCCACUCAAUCGCUGAAUUUGACAUGAAAUGGCGACAUUGGCGAGAUGAAUGUGAGCGUAGACUGGAGGAGGGAGAAUUUUCAUCACAUGGGAAUUUGGAAACAAUUGGAAAGAUCCUAACUGGUAGUGAUCAGGUGUUCUCUGAGUUUCGUGACUUGUGUGAAACUUGGUACCACAUGCUGGUGUCCAAACUGUUGUACCAAAACCCCACCAUCAAAGGCUUCGACCUACAGUACCACAUACAGGCUUGUCUGGACGAGUACCGCAGUAACACAAGGAUUGGGGAGCUUGAUAACAUUCUCUUGUCUGCACUGGAGUACGACAUCCACCAGGUCAUCAAAGACAGCAGUGCGAUGUUCAGUAACUGGUGGUUUGUCGCUCACCUGACAGAUUUAUUACAACACUGUGGUCAGUUGGACUCACAUAAACUACAAUUUGGUUCCAAUCUAAGAGAGUUUCUGUUAUUGGAGUAUGCAACAAGUCUGAUGUCUCACAAGAGCCUGUGGAUUGUAGGAGUUAGCUAUCUUGACCACUGUCCGGAGUUUGGACGGAAAUACUUGGAACAUUUCAUGGAAAAUAUUUCUAUAGAGUCAGAAAAGAAAGCUCAGAAACUGUUACACAUCUGUCAGGAAAGGAACUUAGUAGAACAAGCCAAGUCCAUCUGUAAAGUGAUGGGUAGAAGACACAUGCAACAUAAACGACUCGGGGCUGCUCUUACCUGGUUCCUCAAAUCUAAGGAUGUAGCACUUUCCACAGUGAUAGCUGAGAGAUUCCUGUUUGAGUACAGUGAGAAAGGAAGCUUCUCUAACCUGGACCUCAUAGACAAUCUAGGACCUUCCAUGUUACUGAGUAAUCGCCUCACAUUUCUAGGUAAAUAUCGUGAGUUCCACAAGUUGUAUGAAGAGAAGGAAUUUGAAGCGGCAGGCGAGUUGUUACUCUCCUUACUGCAGGCUAGAUUGGCCCCCAAACAGUUCUGGGUGACACUGCUUGUGGAUGCCAUCCCCCUCCUGGAGGCUGAACAGGUGAUUUUCAGCAGUGCUCAAACCUUUGACCUAAUGCAUUGUCUUGAGGAACUGAUGAGGGAGUUCAAGGAUAUAGAUGUUAGGGAGAAAGAAAAGUUAGCUUUACUACGUCUGGCUCUGACGAGGAAUCUGUCAAGGGCAAUAGUAACAGAGGGAACCGUUAGACUGACCUGAUGGAAGGAAUCUUGGUGCAAAAUCUGGACUUUGUUGAUUGGUCUGACCUGAUGGAAGGAAUCUUGGUGCAAAAUCUGGACUUUGUUGAUUGGUCUGACCUGAUGGAAGGAAUCUUGGUGCAAAAUAUGGACUUUGUUGAUUGGUCUGACCUGAUGGAAGGAAUCUUGGUGCAAAUUCUGGACCUUGUUGAUUGGUCUGACCUGAUGGAAGGAAUCUUGGUGCAAAUUCUGGACCUUGUUGAUUGGAUGUACCAGACUACCAUUUCAUUGUACCAGAUCUCGUCAGCCCUGUUUUAAUGGAUAAGACCUGUGUGAAGACCAAUUUAAUUGGAUGAUAAAUUGCAUACUGUGUCAUGUCAAAUUUGAUUGGAUAAGAGCAUGUGUACUGUGUCAAGUCAAAGUUGAUUGGAUGAGAGCAUGUGUACUGUGUCAAGUCAAAGUUGAUUGGAUAAGAGCAUGUGUACUGUGUCAAGUCAAAGUUGAUUGGAUGAGAGCAUGUGUACUGUGUUAAGUCAAAGUUGAUUGGAUGACUGUACUGUGUUGUCUGAUUUGAUUGGAUGAGACCAUGUGAACUGUGUUAUGGCUGAUUGGAUAAGACUACAUGUAUUGUGGACACAUGAUUGGGUUGUAUUUCGCCUUCUGUACAGCCAAAAUCAGGAUAUUCUCGACAUAAUGUGACAGAAGUAUUGCCUCAUGUGUUCAGGUUUCUGAGCAGUCUGGAGAUAUAUCCAAAAGUUUAGUGAAAGGUGUGUUACAUCCCAGAAUUAAUUUGUAACUACAGUACUUAUGUUGAGUAACUGUACUGGCAGCUGUUCUUAAUAAAUCUGUUGGAAAAGGAUAAAGUCAUACAAAUACACAGAAACAAGCAAUAAAAAGAAAAAUGAAGAGAAUAUCCACAAUGGCUGCAUUUUAAAACAACUAUUACGAAAGAGAAAGAAUGAACAAUAGCAAGAUAAAUGUCAGAGAGGGAGAGAGAGAAACAGGAGAGAGAAAGAGAUCUUAUAGAGGAAGGAGCAUUUUGUGAACAAAAUGUCGUGGAAUAAGAUUGAGAACUAUUUGUUUACUGUCGUUAUGCUCAUGAAAAUAAACUGUCGUAUAAAA